AUGAGUUCAAAUUUAGAAACAAGAGAAUCCGAGCCGGAUUCUGUAUCAGUUAUCAAUGCUCCUUCUAUUAAAGAAGACACAAAUUCAGACUUGGGAAAGUUUGAUCAAGAAGAAGUUCAAGAAUUACCAAAAAAGCCAGCUUCUGCUUAUGUGUCUGUUGCUGUUAUUUGUUUAAUGGUCGCAUUUGGGGGAUUCAUUUUCGGUUGGGAUACUGGUACUAUCUCUGGUUUUGUUGCCCAAACCGAUUUUAAGAGAAGAUUCGGUCAAUUAAAUUCUGAUGGUGAACCUUACUUGUCUAAAGUAAGAACUGGUUUGAUGGUUUCCAUCUUUUGUAUUGGUUGUGCUAUUGGUGGUAUUGUCUUUUCUAAACUUGGAGAUAUCUACGGUAGAAGAAUUGCUUUAGUUAUCGUUACUGUGGUUUAUGUCGUUGGGUUAAUUAUUUCAAUUGCCUCAAUCGAUAAGUGGUAUCAAUAUUUUAUUGGUAGAAUUAUUUCCGGUAUGGGUGUUGGUGGGAUCGCCAUUUAUAGUCCUUUAUUGAUUUCUGAAGUAUCUCCAAAGCAUAUUAGAGGAACUCUAAUAUCCUGUUUUCAAUUAAUGAUUACAUUAGGUAUUUUCUUGGGUUAUUGUACUAACUAUGGUACAAAAAAUUAUGAUAACUCUGUCCAAUGGAGAGUUCCUCUUGGUUUAGGUUUUGCAUGGGCCCUAUUUAUGGUUACCGCUAUGUUUAUGGUUCCAGAAUCUCCACGUUUCUUAAUUACACAGAAUCGCAUUGAAGAAGCAAAGAGAUCUGUUGCUAAAUCAAACAGAGUUAGCGUUGAAGACCCAGCAGUUCAAGUCGAAGUUGAUUUAUUGGCAGCAGGUAUUGAAAGCGAAAAAGCUGCGGGUGAAGCUUCCUGGAGUGAACUUUUCUCAACUGAUGGAAAGAUCUUACAACGUCUUAUUAUGGGUGUCAUGUUACAAUCCUUACAACAAUUAACUGGUGCUAACUAUUUCUUUUACUACGGAACAACUAUUUUUAAGUCAAUUGGUCUAGAAGAUUCCUUCCAAACUUCUAUUAUUAUUGGUAUUGUUAACUUUGCUUCCACCUUUGUCGGUAUCUACUUUGUUGAAAGAUUCGGUAGGCGUAAAUGUCUUCUAUGGGGUGCUGUCGGUAUGAUUUGUUGUUUCGUUGUUUUUGCUUCUGUUGGUGUAACGAAGUUAUGGCCAGAAGGUGCAAACCAUAAAGAAAUAUCUUCUAAGGGUGCUGGUAACUGUAUGAUUUGUUUUACAUGCUUCUUUAUUUUCUGUUUCUCUACUACUUGGGCUCCAAUUGCUUACGUUAUUGUUGCGGAAUCUUUCCCUCUAAGAGUUAAAGCCAAGGGUAUGUCAUUAUCUGUCGCUGCAAACUGGAUGUGGAACUUUUUAUUGGGUUUCUUCACCCCUUUUAUUACGAAUUCUAUUAACUUUUAUUACGGUUAUGUCUUUAUGGGUUGUCUAGUAUUUGCAUGGUUUUAUGUUUUCUUUUUCGUUCCAGAAACUAAAGGUCUUUCCCUUGAGGAAGUCAAUACCAUGUGGAUUGAAGGUGCACUACCUUGGAAAUCGGCCCAGUGGGUUCCACCUUCCAGAAGAGAUGCCGAUUAUAAUGCGGCUGCCUUGACACAUGACGAAAAACCAUGGUAUAAAAGAAUGUUAUAA